CGGGCGCGGAGUUGGGCGCAUGGCGCCGGGCGCACUGCGCGGGGGCUGCGAACAAAGGGCCCCCUACCCGGGCGCGGCAGCCCCGCGGGGCCGGAAAAUGUGGGUCGCCUUGCUCUGGCCGCUGCUCCGGCUCCUGCUGCUGCUGCUGUCGCCGCGGGACGGCGUGCGCGCUGUGCAGCCCCAGGCCCCGGGCUAUUUGAUCGCUGCACCCUCCGUCUUCCGCUCAGGAGUGGAGGAAGUCAUCAGUGUGACCAUCUUUAACUCCCCGAGGGAAGUCAUGGUCCAGGCUCAGCUGGUGGCCCAGGGCGAGGCGGUGGCGCAGAGCCAGGGAGCCAUCCUGGAUAAAGGGACGAUCAAACUCAAGGUGCCCACGGGCCUCUGGGGCCAGGCCCUCCUGAAGGUGUGGGGCCGUGGUUGGUGGGCAGAGGAGGGCCCCUUCUUCCACAACCAGACUUCAGUGACUGUGGACAGCCGGGGAGCCUCCGUGUUCAUCCAGACCGACAAGCCGGUGUACAGGCCCCAACACCGAGUGCUCAUCAGCAUCUUCACUGUCACUCCAGACCUGAGGCCCGUCAGCGAGAAGCUGGAAGCUUAUGUCCUGGACCCCCGGGGCUCACGGAUGAUGGAGUGGAGACACUUGCAGCCCUUAUGCUGCGGCAUCACCAACAUGACCUUCCCCUUGUCUGACCAGCCGGUACUGGGAGAAUGGUUCGUUUUUGUCGAAAUGCAAGGCCACGUGUACAACAAGUCCUUUGAAGUUCAGAAGUAUGUGUUGCCGAAGUUUGAGCUCCUUAUUGACCCGCCCCGAUAUAUCCAGGACCUGGACACUUGUGAGACCGGCACUGUGCGGGCCAGGUAUACCUUUGGGAAACCUGUCUCGGGGACUUUAACCAUCAACAUGACUGUAAAUGGCGUGGGGUACUACAGCCAGGAGGUGGGGCGCCCCAUCCUUAGGACCACCAAGAUCCACGGCUCCCAGGACUUCAACAUCUGCGUGAAGGACAUGAUCCUGGCCGAUGUCCCUGAGCACUUCCGGGGCACCGUCAGCAUCUGGGCCAUGGUGACCAGCACGGACGGGAGCCAACAGGUGGCUUUUGAUGACUCCACCCCCGUCCAGAGACAGCUGGUGGAUGUCCGGUACUCCAAGGACACCAGGAAGCAGUUCAAGCCGGGUCUGUCCUAUGUGGGGAAGGUGGAGCUGUCCUACCCAGACGGCAGCCCGGCUGAGGGGGUGACGGUCCAGAUCAGGGCAGAGCUGACGCCGAAGGACAACAUAUACACCACCGAGUCUGUGUCCCGGGGUGGGCUGGUAGGGUUUGAGAUCCCCUCCAUCCCUGUGUCAGCCCAGCACGUGUGGCUGGAGACCAAGGUGACAGCCCUCGGUGGAAAGCUCGUGGGGGCCCAGUACCUGCCCAGCUACCUCUCCCUCAGCAGCUGGUACUCCCCAAGCCAGUGCUACCUGCAGCUGCAGCCGCCCUCCCUCCCCCUGCAGGUUGGGGAGGAUGCCCAUUUCCCAGUGAAGUCCACGUGCCCCUGCAAUUUCACUCUGUACUAUGAGGUGGCUGCGAGGGGCAACAUUGUGCUCUCGGGCCAGCAGCCUGCCCACAUCACCCAGCAGAGAAGCAAGCGGGCAGCCCCGGAGAAGCCCAUCCGCUUAACGCACCUUUCCGAGACAGAGCCCUCUCCAGCCCCAGCAGCAGAGGUCAAUGUGUGCGUGACCUCUCUCCGGCUGACCGUGACCCCCAGCAUGGUCCCCCUCGGCCGCCUGCUGGCCUUCUACGUCAGGGAGAAUGGAGAAGGGGUGGCUGACAGCCUCCAGUUUGCUGUUGAGACCUUCUUUGAAAACCAGGUUUCACUGACAUAUUCAGCAAAUGAGACCCAACCCGGGGAAGUCAUCGAUCUGCGGGUCAGGGCUGCAAGGGGCAGUUGCGUGUGUGUAGCUGCGGUUGACAAGAGCAUCUACUUGCUCAGGUCUGGGUUUCGGCUGACUCCCACCCAGGUUUUCCGGGAAUUGGAAGAUUACGAUGUUUCUGAUGCUUUUGGGGUGUCCAGGGAGGAUGGACCCUUCUGGUGGGCUGGGCUGAUGGCCCGACGACGCCGGCGCUCCUCCAUCUUCCUGUGGCCCUGGGGUGUCACCAAGGACUCCGGGUUUGCCUUUGCCGAAACAGGACUGGUGGUGAUGACAGACCUGGUGAGCCUGAACCACCGGCAAGACGGCGGCCUGUACACUGAUGAGGCUGUCCCUGCCUUCCAGCCCCACACAGGGAGCCUGAUGGCAGCAGUGUCCUCCAGACAACCCCCCAGAGCAGAGAAGAAGAAAAGGACCUACUUCCCUGAAACAUGGAUUUGGCACUGUCUCAACAUCAGUGAUCCAUCAGGCGAGGACACACUCAGCGUGCAGGUCCCCGACUCCAUCACCAGCUGGGUGGGUGAGGCAGUGGGUCUGUCUGCCGAGAGGGGCCUGGGCAUUGCGGAGCCCACUCUGCUGAAGACCUUCAAGCCCUUCUUUGUCGACUUCACCCUGCCCCCCAACGUGGUCCGCGGGGAGCAGGCCAAGAUCCCGCUCAGCAUCUACAACUACAUGGACACCUGCGUCGAGGUCUACGUGAAGAUCUCAGUUCCCAAGGGCAUCCAAUUUGUCGGACAUCCUGGCAAACGCCAUCUGACCAAGAAGACGUGUGUGGUCCCCGGGGAGAUGGAACCCUCCUGGGUGGUUCUGUCCUUUGGCGACCUGGGCCUCAGCAACAUCACAGCCAAAGCCCUGGCUUACAGAGAAACGAGCUGCUGCCGGGAUGGGAAGUCGAUCAGAACCCCGGAGGAGAAUUACGCUGACAGGAGGGUCCCCAUUGGGAGGGAUCACAUCCGGCGCGGUGUGAUGGUUGAGGAGGAAUUUCUAGAUGCACAGAGAAGGAUUCUCUUAUCCUCAAGCCUUUCCUCCCUUUCAUGCUGUUCAGCAGUGUCCUAUGUCUGCAGCAUCCACUGGUCCAGCUCUGUACAGACAGCACUGGAGGACAGGAGCCUGAAGGAGCCCCCCGGUCAUACACCUACAGCGCUUUCUUCUGUCCCAAUGAGAGAGUCCACAUCUCCACACCCAACAAGACCCCAGGACACGGCAGGCAUGAUCGAGAUCGUUCUGGGAGGGCACCAGAACACCAGGUCCUGGAUCUCCACCAGCAAGAUGGGCGAGCCCGUGGCCAGCACACACACAGCCAAGAUCCUCUCCUGGGAUGAAUUCAGAACAUUCUGGAUCAGCUGGCACAGCGGGCUCAUCCAGGUUGGCCAUGGUCCAGAGCCAUCCAAUGACUCUGUCAUCAUGGCCUGGACCCUCCCCAAGACACCAGAGGUCCAGUUCAUCGGUUUCUCCACUGGCUGGGGUUCUGUGGGCGAGUUCCGCAUCUGGAGGAAGGUGGAAGUAGAUGAGAGCUACAGCGAAGCCUUCACUCUGGGGGUCCCGCACAGCGCCAUCCCUGGGUCUGAGCGUGCAGCCGCCGCCAUCAUAGGAGAUGUCAUGGGGCCAACUCUGAACCAUCUCAGCAACCACCUGCGCCUGCCCUUUGGCUGCGGAGAGCAAAACAUGAUCCACUUUGCACCCAACGUCUUUGUCCUGAAGUAUCUCCAGAAAACCCGACAGCUCAGCCCUGAAGUGGAAAGGGAGACCACUGAUUACCUGGUGCAAGGCUACCAGAGACAGUUGACCUACAAGCACCAAGAUGGCUCCUAUAGUGCUUUCGGGGAGCGGGACAAGUCGGGGAGUAUGUGGCUCACAGCCUUUGUCCUGAAGUCCUUCGCCCAGGCGCGCAGCUUUAUCUUCAUUGACCCUCAGGAGCUGGCAGCCGCCAAGGGCUGGAUUGUCCAGCAGCAGCGGGCAGACGGCUCCUUCCCGGCGGUGGGCAGGAUUCUGAACAAGGACAUCCAGGGUGGGAUCCACGGCACAGUCCCUCUGACAGCCUACGUGGUGGCAGCGCUCCUGGAGAUGGGCCUGGCCUCGGAGGAGGAAAGGGGUGCCAUUGCCAAAGCCAGGCACUUCCUGGAGUCCAGCGCGCCCCUGGCUACGGACCCCUACAGCAGUGCCCUGACCGCCUACGCGCUGACCCUGCUCCGCAGCCCUGCAGCCCCCGCCGCUCUGCGAAAGCUCCGCAGCCUGGCCAUCACCCAGGAUGGGGUGACCCACUGGAGCCUGACGGGUUCCCGGGAUGUGGACAAGGAUGCGUUCCUGAGCUUCAGUGACGGGGUCUAUCAGACAGUGGUCUCGGCCGAGGUGGAAAUGACAGCCUAUGCCCUGCUGACCUACACCCUCCUGGGAGAUGUGGCCACUGCCCUGCCUGUGGUGAAGUGGCUGUCCCAGCAGCGGAAUGCCCUUGGGGGCUUCUCCUCCACUCAGGACACCUGCGUGGCUCUGCAGGCCUUGGCAGAGUACGCCAUCUUGUCUUACGCGGGCGGCAUCAACCUCACCGUCUCCCUGGCCUCCACCAACUUGGACUACCAGGAGACCUUCGAGCUGCACAGGGCCAACCAGAAGCUUCUACAGAUGGCGGCGAUCCCCAGCCUCCCCACGGGGCUGUUUGUGAGCGCCAAGGGCGAAGGCUGCUGCCUGAUGCAGAUCGAUGUUACCUACAACGUGCCAGACCCAGUGGCCAAGCCGUCCUUCCAGCUGCUUGUCAACCUCCAGGAGCCCGAGGCCGAGCGGCGGCCCCCUGCGCCUGCCUCCGCGGCUGACGAUGACGACCCAGCAGCUGACCAGCAUCAGCAGGAGUACCCGGUGACACUGGAGGUGUGCACCAGGUGGCUGCAUGCAGGCUCCUCCAACAUGGCGGUCCUGGAGGUGCCCCUGCUGUCAGGGUUCCGGGCGGACGUUGAAAGCCUGGAGCAGCUGCUCCUCGACAAGCACGUGGCACUGAAGAGGUACGAGGUGGCUGGUCGCAGACUACUCUUCUACUUUGAUGAGAUCCCCAGCGAGUGUUUGACGUGCGUGAGGUUCCGGGCGCUCCGCCAGCACGUCGUGGGCAGGACGUCGGCGCUGCCCAUCUCCGUGUACGACUACUACGAGCCUGCCUUCGAGGCCACUCGCUUCUACAACGUCAGCUCGCGCAGUCCCCUCGCCCGGGAGCUGUGCGCUGGGCCUGCGUGCAACGAGGUGGAGCGUUCCUUGGCCCAGGGCCCCGGCUGGUCCCCUGGCGAGGCAGGUCCCGCUGCCAUCCCGGAGGAGGGGACGAAGAUCACGCGCUGCGGCUGCGCGCGCGACUGCACCACCAGCAGGGACCCGGUAUGUGGCUCCGACGGCGUCGUCUAUGCCAGCACCUGCCACCUCCAGGAGGCUGCCUGCCGCGAACGUGUGAGAUUGGAGCCCGCGCCCCCUGGCCGCUGUGCCCUUGAGCAGCCGACACCAGCCUCUGCUUUGUACAGCUACGACUAUGACCUGGGUCCCCUGGACGCGGGGCACGUGGCAGCCGGCCAUGAGGUGGUGGACUUGGACGGGGAAGCAGAGGACAGUCAGAGUGGCUUCUCUUCCUAAAGCUCCGAGCAGGAAGGCGUGAUCUGGCUGUGAUUUCGCCCCACUGGAAGAGGGUCGCUGACAGGAGACUUGACUGUCUGGGGGCCGCUGGACCCUGCCCGGGUGACCCCUGCUUCCAAACGAACCCGAUAAACAGACCAUCAGAGACGACGGUGGGCCUCCUGGGGGCCCAGUCCCCACCUCAACAGGAAGGAUGGUCAGCGAGGUGGCUGGAGGUGCCCCCCUCCCCGCCAGCUGCAGCUGGAGCACAAGUCACCCCACCCUACAGCCUUGGGCUGGGUGGCCAGAGCAGCUCCCACAGCCUGACGUUCUGCUCCCCGGAGGAGGGACAUUUCUGGGAAGGACUCGUAGCCAAAGACCUGUUUUCUGAGGGAGCACGACUCUGGCCAAAUCAAGGACGUAGCGUCGGCAACUUAGAAACGAACAAGGCUGCUUUUCUGCAUAAUGACUGCCUGGGCUGCUGAACCCCCAGACCCAAACCCCAAAUUGUCCCAGAACUGUCACAGUCCCUGCACCCCUGCCUCAACCCAGGGGUCCCUGAAUGUUUAGCCUCGACAGCACCACCACUUUCUCUGCAGAGAAAGUCCUGGGCUCCAGACAGAUGCCCCUUCAUCUGCCCACUUCCUGACCUCGACCUGUGAACCCCUGAUCUUCCAAUGCCCCGCCUGGAAGAUUGUCCCGCUCCUAGCAGCCUGGGAGGGUGUCCCAGCUCUGGACCUACCGAAGCCGUGUGCUCAGACCUGCCUCCCGGCUCUCCAUGCCCCCUCCUGCAUUCUCCUGUCUUCCGCCUCCAUGGUGGUAAUUUAUUUCAGCCGACACUGCUCAUCUCUGGACAGCACGGAGACCCUGUGGGGGCUGCCCAGCCUGUGGGUCCCCGUCGUGCAGCACCGGCCACUUUCCACGCUCCUGACCCCUGCCAUCCUGCAAGGUUACUGCACCCUUGCCGAGGCCCUGUUGCCACUUGCCAUAGAGGCUGCUGGUGUAAUAAAAGCUCAUUUCCAUAGAGUCCCUGACAGACUUGGGCCUCCUGCGGGCAGGGGAGGCUGAGAGGCAGCUCUAAGCGCUGGAGCCCAGCUCCCUUCCGGCCCCUCACCUCCAUUCCUUCGUCUACAGCCCAGCCUUUCAGAGCAGGGUGAGGCUUUGGAACACUUGCAUCCCAGGGUAAUCAUAGAUUCCCAUGCACUUGUAAGAAAUCAGACCAGUACAGAGAGGUCCUGGCUACCCUUUACCCAGCCUCCCCCAGUGGUAAC